AUGUCGGCAAUGUUAAGAGCUCCUAUCCUCAAGGAGCGCAGCAGUUCGUACAUCUGCCACUUCUGCCGUGGGCAGCUGCCCUUGGCCAAUCCCACCUCGAGAUGUCGCGCGAUACUACGAAAUGAGGCCCUCGGUGCGCCAGCGACGGCCAACUACAUUUCUCGACACCGUCUCUUCUCCACGAGCUCCUUGCUGUGCGACUCGCCAAAUGGAGACAGCCCAGCGUCAAAGGGUCCCGCCAGUGGAGGGUUUGGCGCUGUCGGCGGAGGGUUUGGCGGUUUUGCUGCGAAAAAGGCGACAAUAACUGAUCCUGUACCCCCAAAACCAGCGCCGGCGUCCCAGCCGCAAGAGACGUCGCCAGCCAAGGAGGUGUCGCGGACCGGGAGGAGUAGCGAUGGCGGCACAGAGCACCAUUCCGAUCGCCACAAACAUAAAGACAGCAGACGAAAACACGAGGCGCAGAAGCACCCAAGGCGAAAAGGGCGUCAGGAACACCAUGGAGACGGUGACAAGGAACCCGUCACCCAGAGCACGGUCAAAGAAUCGACGGCAAAGGUGCCUGAGCAGACAAGGCCAAGCUCGCGAAUCGACAAGAUACUCGACAACGUCAAGACGGAGGGCCUGGGAAAGCAAACUCAGGAAUCAUCUUCCCAAGCGACCCCGGCAGCCGCUGCUUGGGGCCCAUUCAGCCAGCGCAAAACAGAUAUCAAGACACCGCCCCCGGCAGCAGCUACCAAACCCGCGCCCCGAAAGCCCAUCAAGACCACGCCGGCGCCUUCUUGGAAUUCUCCAGCAAAAGACUGGAAACCUGUCAACAGACGUGCAACAGACCAGGCGCCCGUAGGCAAUUCGUCAAAAAUCACUAGCUUCGAUGCGAUGCUAGAGGCACGCAAGUCGGAUGACGCGAGAGCUCGCGCGGCUAAGUCACGGGAGAGGAUCGCGCAGCAGAAGAGGGAGAAAGAGCAAGGAGCGCAGCAAUCAGAAGGGGAGUUCUGGAGUGACCUCGACGCGAGGCUGACUGCCGCGCCCAGGCCCACACCUGUAGCGCCCAUGGCGACUCCCACUCCGGCCUCGACUCUGCCCACCGAAGAGAUGGCUCCUCGCCAAUCGUCACGAUUUGUACAAGAUGGACAACAAGAGGACUACUCGAGGAAGAAGGCCGACAAGCGCAAAAAGUCUGGGCGUCCAUCUCGACACGUGGGCCGAGGCAGGUACGACAACGACGAUAUGGAUGAGCAGGAGUUUAUGAGAUACGAGGCGCAGCAACGGCGAAAAGAGGAGAGGCGACUGCGCAAGGAGCAGGAGGCGGAGCAGAACGAGCCAGAGGCGGUCCCCAUCUUCCUGCCAGAGUACAUCAACGUCUCGAGCCUCGCCAGUGCCAUGAAGCAGGGUGAGACCAGCUUCCUGCGCGAUCUGGAGGAGUUGGGCUUCGAGAACAUGACAGUGGACACGAUCAUGACCGGCGAGAUGGCCUCGCUGAUCGCCAUGGAGUAUGGCUUCGAGCCCACCGUCGACAACGGUUCUCAGCGGGAUCUACGACCACGACCAGCGCCGGAGGAUCCGUCGACCUUGCCGCCGCGACCACCAAUUGUUACCAUCAUGGGUCACGUCGACCACGGCAAGACGACUCUGCUGGACUACCUCAGAAAGUCGUCCAUUGUGGCCCAGGAGCACGGUGGCAUCACCCAGCACAUUGGUGCGUUCGUCGUCAAGAUGUCCUCGGGAAAGCCCAUUACCUUCCUCGACACUCCCGGCCACGCCGCCUUCCUGACAAUGCGACAGCGCGGAGCCAAUGUCACCGACAUUGUCGUGCUCGUAGUGGCCGCCGACGACAGCGUGAAGCCCCAGACACUGGAGGCACUCAAGCACGCGAACAAUGCCAAGGUCCCCAUCAUUGUGGCCAUCAACAAGGUCGACAAGGAAGAGGCGCGUGUCGAGCAGGUCAAGGCGGACUUGUCGAGGCACGGUGUCCAGAUUGAGGACUAUGGCGGCGACGUGCAGACGGUCUGUGUCAGCGGCAAGACGGGCAAGGGCAUGGAUGACCUCGAGGAGAAUAUUGUCACAUUGUCCGAGCUGCUGGACACUCGAGCCGAGCAGGACGGGAUGGCCGAAGGCUGGGUUCUCGAGUCGAGCAUCAAGCAGGAUGGCAAGGUCGCCUCGGUGCUCGUCAAGCGAGGCACCCUGCGGACGGGCGACAUUAUCGUCGCCGGUCACAGCUGGGCGCGCAUCCGACUCCUUCGAAACGAGGCCGGCGCCGAGGUAACCGAGGCGCCACCAGGCACGCCUGUCGAGGUCUUGGGCUGGCGCGACCUUCCCCCGGCCGGCACGCAGGUGCUCCAGGCACCCGACGAGGACAAGGCCAAGACUGCCGUCGACUACCGCGAGGAGAUGACCCAGCGACAGCAGGACUCGGCGUACAUUAUUGAGCAGGAGGCGCGGGAACGCGAGCGAGUGGAAGCCGAAGCGGCGGCCAAGGAGAUGGAGGAGCUCGGCGAGGACGCGCCCGCCGAAGAGGCUGGCCCCAAGAUCACGACGCAGAACUUCACCGUCAAGGCGGAUGUUGCCGGCUCCGUCGAGGCAGUCGUCGCGUCCGUUCUCGAGCAGGGCAACAACGAGGUUCGCUCCAGGGUCCUCCGGCAGGGAACAGGCCAGAUCACCGAGUUCGACGUCGAUCACGCUGCCACCUCGGGCAGCGUGAUUGUCAACUUCAACACCGCGAUCCUGCCGCACAUUAGCCAGAUGGCCAAGCAGGCUGGUGUCCGCAUCAUCGAUCACAGCGUCAUCUACCACCUGGUCGACGAGACGCGGGCGGUCCUGUCGGCCCUGCUUCCCAAGAGCGUUUCGCACAAGGUGCUCGGCGAGGCCGACGUGCUGCAAAUCUUCCCCAUCAACGUCAAGGGCCGCAAAUACCAGAACAUUGCAGGGUGCAGGGUGCGAAACGGAUCGAUCAAGAAGACAUCUCGUGUCAAGAUCCUGCGGAAAGGCAAGGUCGUGUACGAUGGCCACAUUGACACCCUCAAGCAGGUCAAACGAAAUGUCAUGGAAAUGGGCAAAGGCUCCGAAUGCGGCAUGGCCUUUACGGACUUUGAGGAUUUCCAAAUCGACGACCAAAUCCAGACAUACGACAUCAUCGAAGAAGCAAGGACAUUGUAA